UCCGUCAGACAGACAGAGACAGACGGUCUACCUGGUCAUGGAUCACCUGCUGAUGGUGUUGGUGUUGCUGUGCAGCUCAGGACUCCAGGCUGAAGAUGAUCACCAAUCAGAGUUCAGGUUGGUGGGAGGAGCCAGUCGCUGUGCAGGUACACUGGAGCUGAAACAUGGAGAGUGGAGAUCAGUGAGUCCCUUUCUCUGGACCCGGAAGGAAGCAGAUAUAAUAUGCAGAUAUUUGGACUGUGGCUCUGCUGUUUCAACAAGAAGCAGAAAUGUAGACUCAGACAGAUCUGUAUGGAGGAUCAUAUCUUACUGUCUUCAUUUUGGAUCUGCACUGAGGGACUGUGUAUCAUCAUCAUAUUUAUCGUCCUCCAUCGUGGAGAUCACCUGCUCAGACUCUGUCAGGCUGGUGAAUGGGACUAGUCGGUGUUCAGGCAGACUGGAGGUGAAGUCUGAGCAGUCGUGGUCCUCAGUGUGUGAAGCUGACUUUGACCAGCAGGAUGCAGAGGUGGUCUGUAGGGAGCUUGGCUGUGAGGCUCCUUCAGUCCUCCAGGGGGCGCUCUAUGGAGAAGUGGAGGCUCCAAUGUGGACCAAAGAGUUCCAGUGUGGAGGCCAUGAGUCUGCUCUCCUGGACUGUAGAAGAUCAGACUCAGCUAGAAGAACCUGCUCACCUGGUAAAGCUGUUGGACUCACCUGCUCAGAGCCUGUCAGGUUGGUGGGAGGAGCCAGUCGCUGUGCAGGUACACUGCACCUGAAAUAUGGGGAGUGGAGACCAGUUAGUUCCUCUCGCUGGACCCUGAAGGAAGCAUAUAUAAUAUGUAGAUCCCUGGAUUGUGGCUCUGCUGUUUCAACAAGAAGCAGAAAUGAAUACUCAUACAGAUCGGUAUGGAGGAUCAGUUCUGACUGUGUUCAGUCUGGAUCUGCACUGAGGGACUGUGUAUCAUCAGAUUCCUCUGACUUCAUCAUGGAAAUCACCUGCUCAGACUCUGUCAGGCUGGUGAAUGGGACUAGUCUGUGUUCAGGCAGACUGGAGGUGAAGUCUGAGCAGUCGUGGUCCUCAGUGUGUGAAGCUGACUUUGACCAGCAGGAUGCAGAGGUGGUCUGUAGGGAUCUUGGCUGUGGGGCUCCUUCAGUCCUCCAGGGGGCGCUCUAUGGAGAAGUGGAGACUCCAAUGUGGACCAAAGAGUUCCAGUGUGGAGGCAAUGAGUCUGCUCUCCUGGACUGUAGAAGAUCAGACUCAGCUAGAAGAACCUGCUCACCUGGUAAAGCUGUUGGACUCACCUGCUCAGAGCCUGUCAGGUUGGUGGGAGGAGCCAGUCGCUGUGCAGGUACACUGGAGAUGAAACAUGGAGAGUGGAGACCAGUGAUGAGUGACUCUGACUGGACCCUGAAGAAAGCAGAUGUAAUAUGUAGAUAUUUGGACUGUGGCUCUGCUGUUUCAAUAAGAAGCAGAAAUGAAGCCUCAGACAGAUCUGUAUGGUGGAUCAGCUCUAACUUACUUCAUUCUGGAUCUGAGCUGAGGGACUGUGUAUCAUCACAUUCCUCUUCCUCCAUCUUGGAGCUCACCUGCUCAGACUCUGUCAGGCUGGUGAAUGGGACUAGUCUGUGUUCAGGCAGACUGGAGGUGAAGUCUGAGCAGCCGUGGUCCUCAGUGUGUGAAGCUGACUUUGACCAGCAGGAUGCAGAGGUGGUCUGUAGGGAUCUUGGCUGUGGGGCUCCUUCAGUCCUCCAGGGGGCGCUCUAUGGAGAAGUGGAGGCUCCAAUGUGGACCAAAGAGUUCCAGUGUGGAGGCAAUGAGUCUGCUCUCCUGGACUGUAGAAGAUCAGACUCAGCUAGAAGAACCUGCUCACCUGGUAAAGCUGUUGGACUCACCUGCUCAGAGCCUGUCAGGUUGGUGGGAGGAGCCAGUCGCUGUGCAGGUACACUGGAGAUGAAACAUGGAGAGUGGAGACCAGUAGAGCAUUAUUACUGGACCAUGAAGGAAGCAGACGUAAUAUGUAGAUAUAUGGACUGUGGCUCUGCUGUUUCAACAAGAAGCAGAAGCGCCUCAUACAGAUCUGUAUGGAGCAUCAGUUCUGACUGUGUUCAGUCUGGAUCUGCACUGAGGGACUGUGUAUCAUCAGAUUCCUCUUCCUCCAUCUUGGAGAUCACCUGCUCAGGUAAGUCCAUCAGACGACAGCAUCCUAAAGGAAAAAGCUUUAUUGGUAUGAAUGUUGCAGUUAAAUAUUCCCAAAACUAAUGAUGGUCCUCUCUUUCUCCAGACUCUGUCAGGCUGGUGAAUGGGACUAGUCUGUGUUCAGGCAGACUGGAGGUGAAGUCUGAGCAGUCGUGGUCCUCAGUGUGUGAAGCUGACUUUGACCAGCAGGAUGCAGAGGUGGUCUGUAGGGAGCUAGGCUGUGGGGCUCCUUCAGUCCUCCAGGGGGCGCUCUAUGGAGAAGUGGAGGCUCCAAUGUGGACCAAAGAGUUCCAGUGUGGAGGCCAUGAGUCUGCUCUCCUGGACUGUAGAAGAUCAGACUCAGCUAGAAGAACCUGCUCACCUGGUAAAGCUGUUGGACUCACCUGCUCAGAUCCUGUCAGGUUGGUGGGAGGAGCCAGUCGCUGUGCAGGUACACUGGAGGUGAAACAUGGAGAGUGGAGACCAGUGAUGAGUGACUCUGACUGGACCCUGAAGAAAGCAGAUGUAAUAUGUAGAUAUUUGGACUGUGGCUCUGCUGUUUCAACAGGAAGCAGAAAUGAAGCCUCAGACAGAUCUGUAUGGUGGAUCAUAUCUGACUGUCUUCAGUCUGGAUCUGACCUGAGGGACUGUGUAUCCUCAGGUUCCUCUUCCUCCAUUGUGGAGCUCACCUGCUCAGACCUGCUGCUUCAGCCAAUCAUCUCUGUGUAUUCUACCAUGGACGGGGUCUCCGGGGCCCAGCAGCAGGGGUUUCAGGUUCUCCAAACAUACAACUACACCCAGCCAGCUGUCAAUCACUCUGCUGACUUCCUGUUUCCUGCUGCAGACCCCGCCCACCAAGGAAACUACAGCUGUGUUUAUGGCGUCUAUGUUUUUUCUCAUAACUUCUCCUCUGAGAGCCGUCUGCUCUCUCUCACUGUCACAGAUCCAGAUGAGAAACCUUACAGAACAGGUUCUAUCAUCCCACCAGUCGUCCUGCUGGUGGCUCUGCUGUUGGUCGUCAUUAUCAUCUAUUUCAUCCUGAAGGCCAGCAGGGGGCAGAAGUCAGACUCACAGGAGGACACUGAGAUGGAUUAUUAUGACCUCGGUGUUUCCAGAGCUGAAGGAGAGCCGGCUGAAGAGGAAGAAGCUCAGGGAGCCCUGACAGCAGUUGGUCAUCACCAGCACCAACGCUCCAAAACAGGAAGUAGUGAGACCUUUAUUGAGCCCACUAGAAGAAGAGCAGAG